CUUCUCUUCCCAGCUUUCUGCCUUCCGAGGUAUCUUGAUCCCAAUCAAACUCAUCGCCAUGUCUUCCACCGCCGAUUCCUCCUCUGCCAUUCCCAACGGCAAGCAGGCCACCACGGUCUACGCGCCCCUCCCCACCACCACCUACGCCAACCAGCGCGCCGUCUUCCCCUACGUGGAUCCUACCCAGGUCAACGCGGGCCUGGCGCAGGCCUUUAAGGUCCUCCCCUUUGAGCGCAACGUGCUCAAGCUGCUCGCCCACGCCGAAGGAUUCUUCCCUUCCCUCUCCAGCCUCCUGGGUACCGUCUUCCGCUCCACUCGCGAGCUCCCGACCCUCGAAUGGCAGCUGGUGGUCCUGCGCACCGCCGCGCUGAUCGGGGCGCACUACGUGUUCGAGAUCAACACCCCCGUCGCCCUCGUCAAUGGCAUGCCCAAUGCCAAGCGUCUCCUGAUUGCCUUCGGCAAGGUCGACGACACCGAGUACUUCAGUGAACGCGAUCGGAUUCUCCUCGCCUUUGUCGAAGAACUGGUCCGCAACAACACCGCCAGUGACGGAACCCUCGAGGCGCUCAAGGCCCACUUCAGCAUUCGGGAAAUCAUGGAGGUAAUUGUCAUUGUGGGGCUGUAUACCAUCUUUGGACGGGUGGCGAACGUCAGCCGGAUCGAUGAAGACCCUGAGAUCCCGGGGCUUCUGGAUUCGUUGAACAGCUUGACUGGGCAGAAGGAUCGGGGCGAAUAGGGUGUCUGUGUGGACCUUGAUGUCGAGUAGAUAUUGUUAGUCAGUUUCGUGGAAUGUGAUUUGUGGAAUCUUCACGAGUGGUCCUGUUUCAAAUUAGCAUCUACCGGGUUUAAAUGUAGGGUGAGAAUGUAGAAUGGAGCCGUUGUGGAUGAGACAGCCAGAAGGAGUGGACUAUCCUGCGGCUAAUGCACGCACCGCCGCAUAAGUUCUUCUCUGGGGUCGACCCUCCCCCCGGCAGAGAUCUGUAUCAAGCUUCGUGCCUAUCAGACUCGAGAUAUAGCUGAGUAGUCAGAGGCUCAAGUCAUUCAAACAGUGGUGUAUUUGAGUGGCUGACGACACAGCCUCUUGUCGAUCACCAGGUCACCCGCAUUCAGUGCUGGGCCUUACGUUUCUCGACCCCCUACGUGGCCGC